AUGCUCGACGACCUCCUCGUCCUCGUCAACAUGAUGGCGGAAUGGAGCCACUCCUCCCAACCCGUCAUCAUCCACGCCAUAACCCUUUCCCCACACAAAACUCUCAUCGGCCUAAUAGGCACCUUCCGCCCGCGCGAGAUCGGUUUCUCGUUACAUCCCGACUACUGGGGGAAGGGGUGUGCGACCGAGGCGGUCAAGGCGUUUUGUCGGUGGUAUUUGGGGACGUAUCGCGGGCAGGUGCUUUUUGCGAAGGUCGAUCGGGGGAACGAGCGGAGUGUGAGGUGUUUGACAAGGAGUGGGUUUUCGCCGGCGAAGGAGGUUGAACUGGCCGGGGAUGAGGCUUAUGCGAAGGAUCGAGAGAGGGAGACUUGGUUGUUGAGGGUUGGAUAG